AUGGCCUAUGGCAAGGCAGAACAGAAUGAAGUGUGUAAUCCAAGAGAUACAGCAAGAAGAAAGGUGGAGUCAGAGGAGAUGCUGCAACCCAUAACAGCUGUGGAUGCCAUGACCUAUAAUGAUGUGCACAUCAACUUCAUUCAGGAGGAGUGGGCAUUGCUUGAUCUUUCACAGAAGAAUCUCUACAAAGAUGUGAUGCUGGAGACAUAUAUGAACCUCAUUGCUAUAGGAUGCAAUUGGGAAAAUCCUGAAGCUGAAGACCAUUGUCAAAGUUCUCAAAGACAUGAAAGGUAUAUCAUAUGUCAUUCUGGAAACAAGCCAUAUGAACAUAGGGAUAUGGAAAGAAGCAUGAAAGAAGUCAAAUUGGAGAGAAACCCUAUGAAUGUAAUCAAUGUGGUAAAGCCUUUCAUCAUCAUAGUUCUCUUCAUUUGCAAAAAAGAAGACAUAGUAGAGAGAAACUCUAUGAAUGUAAUCUGUAGUGGGUAG